UUUCUUGUCAUGGUCGACCAUCAAUUGACUUUUCUUGAUUGACUACAAAUGAGAAACUUCCUCAGCAUGAACCAGCAAAACCACAUGCUAGGCUCGCUUGGUGAGCCAACAAAUUCUUGUCUGUAAAGAAACAUUAUUCACCAGUGCUAGGUAGAAGUGCAAGUCUGAAUCAUGGCUCUUAUGAGUCUUUAUCUAAUAUGUUUUAUUAGACAGAUACCUCACUUCUGGUGGCACCUGUAUUGUCUGUCAACUCAAGGAGGUAGGGAAAGAUGUUUUUAAAAAGGAACAGCAAGCUUAUGCAUAUGCUGGGGAUGAGUUACAUGAACGGCAGGACAAACCCAUGUGAUUUCUUGAUUUGAAACAAGCUAGUGUCCCUCAUUGGUGCCAAUGCUAACCACUCAUUUCAUAUAGCAGAGAUCUUCCACACACCCUUUCAUCAUUUAUAUAUAGACAUAUGACUUCAGGAUCAGUAACUCAACUCUUCUCCUUCAUUAAACAUCAAAGCUUCCUAUCUUUCCCAGAUCCUUUCAACUCUUUUUAUUGUUUAUACACUUGGGAAUAUAGAAGCCAUGGGUUUCCGGCUACCUGUAAUUGUUAGCUCCAAGAGAAGUCUUGCCCGAUCUUCAUCUAAUGCGAACAAGACAGCUUCAAAGACCUUAGAUAUCCCAAAAGGCUACUUUGCGGUCUAUGUUGGAGAGAGCCAGAAGAAGCGAUUUUUGAUUCCAAUAUCAUACUUGAACCAACCUUCAUUUAUGGUUUUGCUGAGUCAAGCUGAAGAAGAAUUUGGAUAUGAUCAUCCCAUGGGCGGUAUCACAAUCCCCUGCAGUGAAGACAUCUUCCUUGAUCUCACUUCCCGCUUAAGUGUGUGACUGAAAGAUGAAAUGAAAAUGGGAUCCAACUUCAAAUUCAAAAGGCAUCAGAGUUUCAGAACAUGCUGCUGAGUCAAGAUGAAGAAGAGACAAGACUAUGAUGGGUCGUCAACUGAAUUGACUCACCUCUUUACUGAAGGGAAGGAUUUCUAACUCUGAAGCUGCUACAGAGCUGAAAGAAACAAAAUUUAUGAAGCAGACCAACGGCAACGCCAUAUGAAUUCUCAAAAACAAUUCGUCCGAAUAUCACAACUCCAUUUUUGAGUGCAAAGAUAGUGAAAUUUUGUCUUAGUCCCAUUUAAAACUUCUCCGAGGAUCACAUCCUGGGAAUAUAUAAUACAGUCCAAUCCUCAUCAA